AUGGCAAUUCGAAUCAAAUUAAGUUAUACUUUUAAGAAUGAGGAACAUCAUCUCAGAAUGGAUUUAGACCGAUCACCCGCCUCAUUGCAAGAAGUUUAUAAAAAAGUGUCACAAAGAACCGGUUUUCUCGAAUUUAAAUUGCAAAUAAAGGAUGACCUUCUUGACUUCGUCACUUUGGAUGAAAUUCAUUUCACCAGUUUUCGACCAUUUGAUAUGAUUCAACAGCUUCAGAAUUUCGGACCUCAACCAACAACAGAACGACCUUUCUUGGAGUUGAAACUUGUGAAUAUAUGCGAUGAACAAAUAUCAAAACUGAAUGCUUCGUCAAUCGUCUACGAUCAUCCGGAACAAAAUUCGGAUUCAGAUCAACCUGAAGAUGAGCAGCCAAAGUCAUCGUCUGAAGUUGAUUGUCACCCUAUAUGUGCACCUCAUCCUGUCAGAUUGAAUAAAAAGUCCGGCAUAGUGUUUACAACUGAUAUAAAUAUUACAUUACGUGAUGAUUAUCAAGAUCAACCAACAAAAAAGAAGUCUGGAAAGAAAAAAGUCUCCCUGGUGAGGAUUCAAGGUGAUAAAAGUCACCUGAAAGGAAAGGCGAAACAACAAUCUGUUCUUCCAAAAAUUCGAGUUGCCAAAAGAUUAGUUCCGAAGACAUCGGAACUCAAUUUAAAAUUCUUUCUUGCAGAAGAAAUCUGUGAAAAUGGAGUUCGUACUCUUUAUCACCAUUCAACUCAUGAGUUCUUCGAAAAGGAGAACAAUAAAACAAUUAAUUUGGGCCAAAUAAAUAAAAAUACUCCAAGGAAAACCAGUGUUGAUAUUCCGUUCAAUACGAAAAUGCUCAACGCAAAGGGAGCGAAGAUCGAAUUGAGAGCAAAAGUUGUUAUUCAUGCUAAAUUACAUUCGAAUGAAAAAAAACAUCCAUUAUGCCAAUUAGAAGAUCAGUAUCAAAAUGAUAUGAAUUAUACAGUUACACGGGUGAUCAUUGUACCUGAUUAUGAUGGAAAUUUACAAUGGGAGGAACUCGCUCUAUCUGCCGCCACUGUAUUUUGUAAAGGAAAAGAUCAAAUUCCUACUAUUGAUGCCAUCGAUGAGCUCGAAGACAGAAUCGAACGCAUUCCUAAGCUGGAACCUCGGAAAGCAGAUAAAAAUACGAAGACGAAAUCAAUGUGCAAUUCAACUACUGAUAAAACUGCAAUACCUGGAAAAUGUGUAUCACGAGAAACAAUAACAAAUGACAGUAACGAAAUGGGUGAAUGUGAACUAGCAAAUGAUUAUGCCCCAGAAGAAAGUGUUUCACCAACUAGAAACUUGCUUCAUGACAUAUCUGGUUUAAAUACACCAUCAACGGUUCUUUACUUGGUGCAAACAACAACACCCAACCUCCAAAAUCCUUCACCUGCGCCGUCCAAUUUUACAGCAAAUAACACUGGUUCUGACGAAAUUAUCAAUACUACGGAUAACAUUUUUUCAAUUUCGGCCUUUUUAGACGAACUCGUCUCCGAUCUCGGCUAUCAAGACAACUCACUCAAUCUCCCUCAGUUGGAUUCUGAAAUGACGCAACAAUUUUUCGACAAUCUGAAUCCGGAUCGGGACAAAGAGGGAACUAAAACUACUCCUCCAAUGAGCGAACCUGAACCACCUGACAAAUAA